UAAACACUCCGUAAAAAUACGGGGACAAGCGAUACAUUUGCACAGAGGAUCUCAACACUGACAGUGCGUGUCUUUACAGGAAACAUAAUACUCGUAAUAUGGAGGACCAAUCGACCACAGAGAUGAGUAAAGAAGAUCAGUUCGAAGAAAAAUGUAAAGCAAUCUUUCAAAUGUUUGACAUUGACGGGGAUGGUCAGCUAACAGAGGAGGAGAUAAUGAAAGGAUAUCAUAUGUUUGAUAUGAAUCCGACGGAGGAAGAUAUAAAACAGACAAUGAAAGACCUCGAUAUCGAUGAAUCAGGAACAAUCGAUUAUGACGAGUUUAAGAGUUUAAUGUGGAAAAUUGACCAGGACGAGGAACGGGACAACGUGGCUCAGGCAUUCCGCAAAUUCGAUCGGCGCCGGAGAGGCUACCUUGACAAGAGGCAAUUUAGUUCCGUACUUAACGCCGCCAUUAAAGGCGAAUCAGGUGAAAAAUUCAGUAAAGAGGACGUCGACAAGUUCUUCAAAGUUGUGGACACCGAUAAUAACGGCAAGAUUGAUCUAGAAGAGUUUAUAACCGCUUUCACUGGAGAGGUUGACAUAUUCGCCAGUAUACGAAAACCAGAAUAUGAAGUAAAAGCUGAAGCGGAGGAACAGAAGCAAGAAACCUAGAUAACAAGUGAAGACGGUUUCUAGUGUUGAACAAAUGGAUAGACUGGGCUUAUCAGCGGUAACAUAUUAUACGUAUGCGUUUGUUAUACCGUAAACACCAAGGGUAUGUUGGUUAAUACCAAGCCAGGGACAAUAGAACUGUGGUGUAAGCCUGGAUAUACGAUCAAACAACGUAGAAAAAAAGAUAUUUUUCAUUCUUCGUAAUUGCUUGCUUUAAAAGUGGAGAUUUUCGCAGGUGGAAAUGUUGGAAUGCUUUGCGACUCUUGAAACUGCAAAAAGUAAAUAUAAUCAUCAAGUCUAUAGUUCAGUCUGGAUCUAUGUAAUACAGAUAUCACGUCCGUGAAAAACGUUUCUGGAAUGGUGUGGGAUAGAUGAAUUAAAGCUAUCUUCACUGUAUAAAGCUAUAUUUUUACGGUUCUCUCGUUUCUCUUUCAGAGCUCGCUGUUAAAGAUUUAUAAUUCUUACUUUCCAAAUAGGUUAUAUUGUAGGGUGACAUAUACUUGUUAUAACAAUACCUUAUUGUUUUCAUUUAUUUUUCAAUGUGUACUAUCUCGUGUUUUACUUAAACAUGGAACUGUUUUCAGCUGAAAUUCACAGACAACAUAUGAAUGUCUACAGGAAACUAAGAAUUCUUAACUUCAUAUUUGAAUUUGUAAGUUUCCGGUUGGCAUUCAUAUUGACUAUGAAUGCCAACAAAAAGCAGUGUAGUGCUUCUAAUAACCAUUAUUCUUUGAAUGUUUUGAUUUUAGAGCAAACAGGGUUCUUUUAUUUAAAUAUUGUAUUUUAAUUAAAAAUAAAUGUGUUUACAUCAUGUACACCACCUGUAAAAAAAACAACAUCAAAUAAAUGCAUCACCAUGGUAACGUCUUUACAGAUACGACCUUCAUCACUGUUUGGUUAUGCUAGUAAAUGUUUUAUAUGAAGAUUGUGCCUAGUCCGAGUUUCCUUCAGCCCUGACACAAGACAUGUCUAAGUCUGGUGUCAGGGCUCAGUGGAAACUCGGAGAUCCGUGAAAAUGCCUAAGUCUGGUGUCAGGGCCCAUGCAGUGGAAACUCGGAGAUCUGUCAAAACGUCUAAGUCUGGUGUCAGGGCCCGUGGAAACUCAGAGAUCUGUCAAAAUGUCUCAGUCUGUUGUCAGGGCCUAGUGGAAACUCGGAGAUCUGUCAAAAUGUGCGGAACAACCGGUUCGUCUGUUUUUGAAUAUAUCAAUUUCAGGUAUAGAUACUGGCGGACCUUGCAAGGCUUUGUCAAAGCUCGCCUGAAAACAGCAUCAGAUUACGAUUAGGUCCGACCUUAUUUCAUAA